CCCCAACCCGCCGCCUCGGAUCCCUCCCGUCGCAGCCUCUCCGCGGCCUCAAUUCCAUUAUAGUUUCCAUUGACCCUUUGAAACACUGGCCGUUGUGCCGGUGUGCCGCAUUGCCAUGGUUUCUUCCUUUUGCUGGAGCUGCCUCACGCGGCUUCGCCAGACACCUCGCAGCGUUUUACCGUCUCCGACCGCAUUGUCUCGAGGACCGGCCUUCCAUACAUCCACCGCCCGCUAUGCGAUGCCCAUGAAGAAGAAAGCGAGCCAGGAAGGCCCCGCCAGAUAUCGUCAGGCCAAAUCCGCCAAGAUGAAGAAGAAGCGCCCUACGGACCGGCCGCGUCCCCCCCCCGUCGGAGAGCGCAAGGCGCUCCGCAAGCGUAUUGUCCUGAGUAACCCUAACGCUCUCGAGGUUGACGGGAUGCAGGAGCUGUCGGCGGAGACAAUGCUGGACUCUCGUCUUCGGGGAACCGUUCUUGCUCUCCCCGUCCCGAUGCUGGAUCAGCUGCGGGCGGUCCAGGCCUUCAAGCCGAAGCAGGGUUGGUCGAUCUUCCGCCGGCCGGGAACGGUGAUGAGGCGGGAAACAUUGGAGAUGGGUAGAUUGUUUGAUUCGAUUUCUGGCGAGGGUAAAGAUCAAGGUAGUGUGGUGAAGAAGAUUGUCACCGGGCCCAGAGGGUCUGGAAAGAGUGUCCAUCUGCUCCAGGCCAUGGCAAUGGCGUUUACGAAGAAGUGGGUUGUUUUCACGGUCCCCGAUGCCCAGGAACUAGUCACCGCUCACACCAGCUAUGCUCCUCUUUCCGAUGAAGUUCCGGAUCUGUAUGUCCAAAACGAGAGCACUGCUGCGCUGCUGUCCCGCACUAUUACUGCCAACAAGGAGGUCUUGACCGGCCUGAAGAUCUCUCAGCAACAUCCGGCCCUCAAGUCCGUGGUCAAGCCUAACACGACACUGCACGACCUGGCUCAGAUCGGCAUCCAGGAUCCUGCCAGCUCCUGGGCUGUUUUCCAGGCCCUGUGGACUGAACUCACAGCUACGGUCGCGGCUCCAGGUCUGGAAAAGAACUUCAUUCCCCGUCCGCCCAUACUGGUGACUGUUGAUGGCCUUGCCCACUGGAUGAAGAACUCCGAGUAUCGCACGGCCGACUUCAAGCCUGUCCACACCCACGACCUUGUCUUUGUGCGGCACUUCCUUUCUCUGUUGCAGCCUGGCCAGGGCAAGCCCACGCUCCCCAACGGCGGAGCACUCCUCUACGCUACCUCUGCUUCCAACAGCCCCGGUAUCUACAGCUUGGACGUCGCUCUGAAACAGGUUGAAGCCCGCCACGCUGGCGUGGACCCCUCGGCUCCCGAAUUCCCCCAGGUUGAGCCUUACAGCAAGCCCGACCCCAGAGUGCUCGAGGCCCUCGCGUCAUCCAAGCCUACUGCUACCCGGGAAGGUAUGCUGGAGCUUCAGACCCUCGGCGGACUGACCCGCAGCGAAGCCCGCGGCUUCCUGGAGUACUUUGCGCAGAGCGGUCUGCUCCGCGAAACCAUCAACGACGAAUGGGUUGGUGAGAAGUGGACAUUGGCUGGUGGCGGCGUGAUCGGCGAGCUUGAGAAGUUGGGCCGCCGCCUGAGAGUGGCUGCUUAGAGGGCAUGCAUGCGCUUGAUGGCAUCAAGCAUGAAUUUCUGGUCUUGUUUAGUUCUCUUUUGUUUUCCUGUCCUGUCUAUCUGUCUAUGGGUUGUUUUCUUUCCGAUCACGGUUCCGUACGGGUUUAAGCUGUAUUUUAGUAUUGAGAGUAUGUACAUUGUAUUUAUAUCAACCAAGCGAGGAAUACGAUUAUUGGCGGUUUCAAAACUCCAUAAUAGAUUGGGCAGCUGAAUUAAAUACUGUCAUCCGACCCUCCUUGAAGACUGUUGAACAUCCGAUGCAGCGAUCAUUUAUGGAGGAUGACUUGCAUUCGUCACAUGUUGGUGAGAACGCACUCAUGGAGGGGGGGGG